UGCAGAGACUGCAACAUUGACUGCCGAGUCAGCCUGUGGACGGCUUGGAAAUGCACAACCUGUUGCGCUGAUAUCAAAGAAGAAAGAACACGCACCGUGACCGUUGCUAAGAACGGCAACGGUGCGAACUGUCCGAGCCUAAAAGAGACGAGGACGGUCUAUGACGACAACAGAGCUUGCUAUAUUUCGGGUACAUGCUACAAAAAUCUUGCCUUCUCUACCAACGGCUGCAAAAAAUGUAAUAAAGGCGUAAACAGAUACGCUUGGGAACUACUGUCCACUAUCAAUUGCAAUGACAACACUCAGUGUACAAAGAACGACCGAUGCAUUAACGGUUUAUGCAAAGGAACGACAUAUACGUGCGAGACAUGCCAUUACUGCGACGGUUCCGGUUGUCCAACACGCGUUGGUAUGUGCUACAUCCAAGGAACGUGCUACAACCUGAAGGACCCGAAUCCGGCCUCGCCGCAAUGCCAGAUCUGCGAGCCCAAUAAAGGCCAAAACUGGAGGUUUUACUCGUUGACCGGAAAUGCGUGCGAUGACAAGGACAUCUGGACUAGAGGUGACAGUUGUAGUGCUGAUGGCCUCUGCGUCGGCACGCCCUACACGUGCUUACCCGACUGCCAAGCUUGCGACGGCAACAAUGGUUGUAAGACGACCAGGGGUUGCGUGACGGCAGGGAAGUGCGGUUGCAGCAUCAACGGACAAUGCUACGUAGACGGCGCGCCUACUCCAAACAUGUGCCAGAAAUGCGACAUCUACAGCAAUGCAAAUGGAUGGACCAACCUGGCCGACGGAGCGAUUUGCGACGACGGCAACGCAUGCACUCGUAAAGACAAAUGUACGACCGGUGCAUGUGGCGGGGACCCGUUUACUUGUCCUGCAGAUACUCCCUGCAUAAAAUCCAAUGCCUGCAAUGGAGAUAGCUGCACCAUCGUGUCUAGACCAAACACGUAUCGCUGCUACAAGCAGCAAGAUGCUUGCGACUGGCAGGAUCAAUAUUGCACGGGCAUGGCGACGUGCCCACAGAACAAUCUCAAAGGAGUAGAUAUAGCUAAGGGUACCGUGUCGAUUCUAAGGUACAGCAUCCCGACUGCAACAAAGUUAGUUUACAAAGCUGCCGAAUCUGGAACAUUUUACCUAAUGAUGACACAAAACAAGGGGGUAAGAGCCAAGUUGAGUGGCUUUACAGUGCCUUGCGGAGGUGUUUCCUUCUCUUGGGAGCUGGUGAAAGCAACAGAUACCCAACCAUCCGUCACGGGAGUGCUGAAGGCAAACUCGGAAGACACCGGGACGACAGACAUAACUGUUGCUAACCUAAACUUGGACAAUGGUGGCGUAUACAAAAUUUUAGUGACUGCUCAGAAUGUCCGUUCGGAUACUCAACAGGUCGAGUCCCAACUUAUUCUCGUCGAUACGACACCUCCGACGUUCUCCGCGACAGUUAACGACGGCAAUGCCAAAGUAAACAUACAAUAUCAGGCGGUUACGACGACACUGUCGGCCUAUUGGGAUCCCAACGGCUUUGCAGACCCGGAAAGUGGUAGAGACAUGACCUCGUUCCAAAUCGGAGCUGGUUUGAAAGCGUAUGAGACGACUGUCGCCGGGUUCACUGCAAGCAAGGCCAACGAAGGUGUCCUCAACAAUUUAAAGUUGCAACACAACACGCGGUACUACAUAACAGUGUCUAUAGCGAAUCGAGCUGGGCUAAGAGGUCAAGCGGCUUCAAAUGGGGUCCUUGUUGAUACCACUUCCCCAGUUUCAGGCACGGUCACAGUGUUGGAUGACAAAAAAGGAGGGAAACUCGUAUACCUAGCAGCUUGUAGUCGCCAGAUUGAAGCUACUAUAGUCAAUUUUAAGGACGACGAGAGUGGCCUCGACUCUUUUCAAUGGCAGCUCUGUAAGCACCCACUGACAAGCCCACUUCAGCUGUCCUGUUCGCAACAGGAUUAUGUCGAAUUUGCCUGCUUUCCAGACAACAGCUGCAAGUUGAAUGUGACUCAUCCAGAAGACGGAAUGGUAAAAAACGGCUGUUUCAUCAACGAAUAUUCAUAUCAACUCUACAUCAGAGCAAGAAACCGAGCAGGAUCCCUUAUAGAAGAGCUCUCGAACAGAUUUAUCGUGGAUAGGAAACCACCCAUUGCAGGAGUAGUCAACGACGGGUUAGCAGUGGACAUUGAUGAUCAGUCGGAUGUUCAGACUUUAACUGCCAAUUGGCAAGGAUUUCGGGACGAGAUUAGUGGCAUUGAUACCUGCGAACUAGCAGCAUUUGAAGAGUAUGGAACGACAGAUGUGAAGAAAAUUGUGGACUAUGUCAAAGUCCAGGCAUCUGGUCAAUGGACAUCGGACAAACUAAACUUGAUCAACGGCAAGACAUACUAUAUUAAUGUCAAAUGCCAAGACAAAGCGGGCCUAAGUAAGGAAAUGACAACAGACGGCGUAGUUAUCGAAGCCGUAACUUUGAGUGGACUCUUUGACUAUUAACAGGCUAUACAUCUACGCCCUUUAUCUAGACAAUAUAUACAUGUACGCUAUAGUUACAUAUUCCAAAGUGAUGAGUGAACUUCUAUACGACAGCUGACACUACAGAUGCACUCCAGUGAUACAUAGGCUUUAUGACAUUUGGGAGCUAUAGUAAUGUAGUAAGGCGAAAAAAUUAUUUGAAGGGCCAUGGCCCCGUUGGCCUCUGCAGUUCCUAUGAAUAAAUAUUGCUUCGUACUGGAUGUAGCAUG